AUGCACUUAACUCGCGCUAUCGUUGGAGCAGUCCUUGCGAGCUCUGCGAAUGCUUUGGCCUAUGAUACCACCCCCAGUUCCGGUCAGACCAGCGAAUCGAUAUCUACAGAUUCCAAUGCCUUGCCUAUCAUACUUCGAGAGGCCAACCCGACUAGUAUUGGUCUCGUUGCAACGGCCCCUGAGGAGAUCCUUUACUCCAAUGGAACCGAACCUUCGGCCGCCACAGCUACCGCCAUCCAAAAUCCGUCCAGUUUCCUCACGUCUGCAUCAAUUGCAGAGUCUUUUCCCAGCAUCAUUAUCAGCCCCAGUGGCGAAGCUCUUACAAGCAGCCCCACUGCUCCUGUUACCCCCGAGGGUAGAUUUGCUUUUCUAAAUGCUCGACAGGCUGUGGAACGCCAGAACCAGAACGGGCCAAUCAUGCCUCCACCGGCUUUGAGAACAAGGACGCAUAGAAGGCGCUAUGCAAAUUCAUCUAUGCCCACAUCGACGCCUACAUCGACGCCUACAUUGACGCCUACAUCAUACAACAUCGACAUCUUGCCAUGGAAGACAUUGCUCAUCGACGACCUCUCCCACAUGCCACGGGGAGCAUUGCUCAUCGACGACCUCACCUACAUCAUGCCACGGUGA